AUGUCUCUCACUUUCCGUCCCGCAACAGCACUCGACAUCCCCUCUCUCCUCACCCUCAUCGUCUCCGCCUACCGCGGUCCUGAAUCCCGUGCAGGCUGGACAACAGAAGCGGACCUUCUCGCCGACGAGCGCAUAUCCCCCUCAGCCCUAGAAGCAAAAAUCACCGAACCCAACGGCCUAGUCCUUCUCGCAUUUCGUUCCACACCCGAAUCCACAGGAACAUCAACGCCCGAAUCAGGAUCCGAAGGCGACGCUACUUCAGGACUUGUAGCGUGCUGUGAGAUUGUGAGGAAGAGUGAUGAGCGUGCGUAUUUUGGACUCUUCGCUGUGUCGCCGAAAUUGCAGGCUGGCGGAAUUGGAAGACAAGUUCUCCAAAAAGCUGAGGAGCAUGCUAAGAAGGAGUGGGGAACUAAGAUUAUGACCAUGACUGUUAUUUGGACGAGAGAAGAGCUGAUUGCUUGGUAUAUCAGGAGAGGGUAUGCUCGUACUGGCGAGAAGAGCCCGUUUCCCUAUGCUGAGCUUUACAAUGGAAAGGCUUUGAGGGAUGAUUUGUACUUUGAUCAUUUGGAGAAGGAGUUGUAG